CUUGAAUUUCAUUUUUUACCAACAAAUCCAUUUUUUAUUGAAACAAUUCUUACAAAACAAUAUUCAAUUCGAUAUGAAUUAAAUAAUUCAAAUCCAUAUCGAUCUUAUGAUGGACCAGAAGUUGAUCAUUGUUAUGGUUGUUUAAUUACAUGGAAAUCUGAUUAUAAUCUUACAAUUCGAAAACGUACAAAACGAAUACGAAAUAAAACUACAGGACAAAUUCGAUUUGUACAAAUUGAAGAAUCGAUUAAAUCUUUUUUUGAUUUUUUUUCACCACCAAUUAUUCCAAUCAAUGGUAUUCAUGACAUGAAUAAAGAAGAUCAAAUACGUUUAGAAGCUGAUAUUGAAUUUGGAUUAUUAUUAAAACAACGUGUAUUACCAAGAGCAAUACUCUAUUACACGGGUGAAGCAUUACCUAUAUUUCAUGAAGAAGAAGACGACAAAGAUGAUCAAUUGACUGCGUCCGAUAGUUCCCAAUAA